AUGGACGCGGCCGAGGUGGAGUUCCUGGCGGAGAAGGAACUGGUGACCAUUAUCCCGAACUUCAGUCUGGAUAAGAUCUACCUCAUCGGGGGGGACCUGGGGCCCUUUAACCCCGGCUUACCGGUGCAAGUGCCCCUGUGGCUGGCGAUUAACCUGAAGCAAAGGCAGAAGUGUCGGUUGCUGCCUCCGGAGUGGAUGGAUGUGGAAAAGUUGGAGAAGAUUAGGGAUAAUGAACGAAUGGAACAAACUUUUACCCCUAUGCCUAGCCCUUACUAUAUGGAACUGACCAAGCUUCUGUUAAAUCAUGCUUCAGACAACAUUCCAAAAGCAGAUGAGAUCCGCACCCUGAUCAAGGAUGUGUGGGACACUCGCAUAGCCAAACUCCGGGUGUCUGCUGACAGCUUUGUGAGGCAGCAGGAGGCACAUGCAAAGUUGGAUAAUUUGACCUUGAUGGAGAUCAACACCAGUGGGGCAUUCCUCACACAAGCUCUCAAUCACAUGUACAAACUCCGCACAAACCUGCAACCUUCUGAAAGUGCUCAGUCUCAGGACUUCUAG